AAAUAUUAACGGUCUUUUACUAAAAAAAAAAAUCCAAUUAAACUAAAACUGCAAAAAAAUAUUAAAUUUAUUAAACUGAGGGUUUCUUAAAGAAUUUAAUUUGUGAUAAAAAAGUUAUAAAAACAUGUUUAUUUCCUGCCGUAGUGCCACGUUCAUAUUUGGAAUAAUUUUACUUUUAGCGCAGGGUGUGAUUUCCGACGAUGAUGGCAGCAGCGAUUCAUAUAAUAUCACCACUUUGGAUCGCUUGCAUGUGCAACUAUUUACAAACUAUGAUAAGACGGCACAUCCCAUGGCUACACCCUCACAAAAGACAAACACAACGAUAUUUAUGUCGGUCGGCUACAUCGAUAUCGAUGAGCUUAAUGGCAAAAUGACCGUGCAUGGAUGGGUUACCCUUCGUUGGAAAGAUGGAGGACGUACUUGGCGACCCGAAUAUUUUGAUAACAUUACCACAAUACACUUACGUUCGCGUGAAAUAUGGAAACCCGAUAUCACCCUACUCAAUAGUGCUGGUAACGAGGGUGAUUAUAUGGGUGAUACUCAGGCUCUUUUAGCAUCAGAUGGCAGUUUUAUAUGGGUACCUCCCGUAGUCUAUACGGCCUAUUGUAACUUAAAUUUAAAAUUAUGGCCUUAUGACACUCAAACGUGCAAAUUGAAAAUAGGCACUUGGACCAUGACGAAUAUUUUCCCGAAAUUUGUAGAAAUAAAUGAAACAUUGGACUAUUCAGAUCUUAUAAAAUCCACCGAAUGGGAUAUUAGCGAUGCUAAGUCGCAAUAUGUCACCCAAGACUUCUAUAGUUAUCUAGAGUAUACUUUUACUUUGCAAAGACGUUCAUCUAUGUAUUCGGCUGUGAUUUUUACGCCUGCUUCAUGUAUUAUACUGUUGUGUCUCUCAACAUUUUGGUUGCCUCCUCAAAUGGGUGAAAAAAUUCUACUCAAUGGUAUUGUUAUUGUCGUUGUGGCAGCCUUUCUUAUGUAUUUUGCUCAAAUGUUGCCCAUUUUGGCAGAAAAUACACCUUUAGUUGUUUUAUUCUACAGCUCCAGUUUGCUAAUGCUAAGUUUAUCCACCAUUAUUUCUGUUAUUGUUCUGUAUCUUUCUACUGCCAAACAUAAGAAACGCGUUCCCGAGUUUCUUAAAAAUCUAUUGAAUGGUGUUGUGGGUCGAGUUCUUCUUCUCAGUCAGUUUACAUUAGAAGCCGAACCUCAAUCACUAUUAAAUAAUGGCACUAAGGAGUUGGGUGAACAUGUAUAUGACAAUCCCGAUCAAAGUGAAACUACAGAUCCCACUCAUAUCAAUCCCAAUCAAUUACCCACAAGUCGUUCCAUACAAUUCGAUUGGGUGCUAUUGGCAACUGCUUUCGAUCGUAUAUGUUUUCUGAUCUACUGUCUUUUGUUUAUGAUUUUGGCAAUUGCUUAUUCUGUUUAACUAUUGUGCUUUGGUAUAUUAAAAUAAUUCCAAAUAUUGUAUAUUUUUAAUCUUAUAUGUAGUAAUUAAAUUUUAAAGAAAUAUAUUAAAAAACAAAUUAUAA